AUCUAGUCCCCCCCCCCCCCCCCCCAAAAAGUUCAGCUCCAGAUCACAAACCCUCUUCAAUUUCUCAUUUCUCUGCUAUCAAAUUUCUCUCUCUCUGAAUCAUGGAAAAGGAGGAGGAGAAGAAAUCCAAGGGUCAGGAAAGUGUGGAUGAGAAUGAAGAAACUGAAGCAAUAGAGCUUGUUCUCUUCCAAGUCUCUGAAUGUUACGUGUACAUAAUACCCCCAAGGAAAAGUGUAGCUUCCUACAGGGCUGAUGAGUGGGAUGUCAACAAAUGGGCAUGGGAGGGGGUGUUGAAAGUUAUUAGCAAGGGAGAAGAGUGUAUUAUCAGACUUGAAGAUAAGACCACAGGUGAAUUAUAUGCUCGGGCAUUUUUGAGAAAUGGAGAGCCGCAUCCAGUGGAACCUGUAAUUGAUAGCAGCAGAUAUUUUGUUCUUCGCAUAGAAGAGAACAUUGGUGGUCGUCUUCGGCAUGCUUUCAUUGGUGUAGGAUUUCGAGAAAGAACAGAAGCUUAUGAUUUCCAGGCGGCCCUGCAUGACCACAUGAAAUAUCUGAACAAAAAGAAAACUGCAGAAGAGAUGGAACAACAUUACCAGCAAGCUUCUUUGGUUGAUUACAGUUUAAAAGAUGGGGAGACUCUUGUACUCCAAAUAAAGAACAACAGAAGUGGUUGCAUUGUGAAGUCUAAAUUUUUUGAGAAGGAUCUGGACAAUCCCUCCGAGGAAAAGGGUAAAUGGAAAGAGUCCAUAAUUUCUAUUAAACCACCACCGCCACCCCCAGCUCCACUUUCACCUGCUACAACUGCUCAGAGGUCUCCAGCAAAUGUGCCGCCGAAGUUCAAUCUCGAGGAAACCUCUAAAGAAGAGGUCCCAGAAUCAGCAAAAGAAGAAGCUAAAGACCUAAAUUCUCCUGAAAAACACAGCAUACAGGAUAUUCCAGAUGAUGGUUUCGGGGAUUUUCAAACAGCUGGAUGACAUGGUCUGUGAUGCUGAUAUGUUUAUAAUUAAAUGCUCAAAUUCUUCUUCUUCUUCUCCCUCUCUCUCUCUCUCUCUCUAGUGGUUUGGUUGGGGUUUGUGAUGGAUUAGGUUGAACUUGCACUUCAAAAUUUCCAUUGAUCCAGUAAAUAUUUGUUGUACUACACAAUGUGGAGUUAGUUUAGAGACUAAAGUCUGAACUUUGCUGAUGCAAGUGAUUCUAUUUAUUUAUUUAUUUCUCACAAAA